AUGAGUUUAAGCAUUCGAUUAGUUCGAACACCUAAUGCAGCUUGGGAAAAACCUAAACAAAUUCUUGAUGAAGAAUCUUUAAUUUAAAGAUAAGCUGCUUAUGAUGAAAAAGUUAAAGAAUAAAUAUUUAAUUCUGAUGCUAAUCCUAUUGAGAUCAAAGAAGACGAAGAAGAGGAAGAAGAUGAUGUUGAAGAUAUUGAUGAUUAUGCAGAUGAUCUCUAACCACAUGAUUUAUGA